CAACACAAAAAUUAAUUAGACAUAAGCAAUAUACACACGUUUAAAUAAAGUAUCAUUACAUAUUAAAGUUAAAUAGAAGAUAUAUUUCCUAUUGUGCGACCGAACUCGCCCGAAUCAGAACUCGCUUCAUAAAUCACGACUUCGAAGCCGAACACGCCCGAAUAACGUAGUUACAAAAAUCACUACCUAUAAUUUGACUCGAAACUAGUUAUUCCGUUACAUAUCUCGUCACUGGUGAUUGUAGCUAGUGACGUAAAAUAACGCUCACGUCUAGUCACUAGACUCAAGUGCAAUAAUUAUUUAAACAUGAACAGAAAACGCGAGCGUAACGUAAAUUUCACUCGAGAGGAGACUGAAAAGCUUGUUUCUCUUAUAGAAACGGAAAAAGCUGUAAUUGAAAUGAAAAAAAGUGAUUCGUCGACUUGGCAACUGAAAGAAAAUGCUUGGAACGAUAUAGCCACAAAGUUUAAUAGUGAUUCCCCUGUGUACAGAGAUGCGAAACAUCUCAAAUUGAAAUAUGAAGCCCUAAAAAGAGACGUUCGUAAAAAAUGGAAAGGUCUCCACUCGAAGCAGCACAAAAGUGGUGAAGGUUUGUUGACGGCUAUGACACCGAUCGAGUUAAAAAUCAGAGACUUGAUUUUAUCUGUCGAUCAGAGCGAUAGUACACCCAACUUCGACCUCUUAGUGUUAACUGGAGACGAGGAGGUUGAUGAAUCUGUUACAUCUGAGUAUUCAAUCCAAUCUGAUAAUUUGGAGGUACAAAUAAAUGAAAAUGAAGCAGAUGACUGUAAACCAAGUAAAAUACCUUGUGACAAAUUAGAUGAAGGGAAACUAGAUAUACUAGAAUUACAAAAGAAAGUAUUGCAAGCUGAACUAGAAGAGAAAGUUAUGAAAAAGCAAAUGUUAAAGAAUGAAAUGUUGCAUAAAAAUGAAAUGUAUUUGUUGGAGAAAGAAAAAUUACUACUCCAGAUAGAUAUAUUGAGAACAGAUUUAAAAAAAAGACAUUUCCAAAGUAAACAUAUAAUUUAAUUA